AUGCUGGAUAAGUUCGAGAUCUCCAUGCCUUUUGUUGAAGCUGUGACUCAGAUUUCAUCGUACAAAAAGUUCUUGAAGAACAUUCUAGGCAACAAGAAGAAGCCAAAGAAGAGUGCAGUGGUGGAUCUAAGCAGGGGAGCAUUGACUUAUGCAGUUCUUCAACAUAAAUUGCCUCCUAAGCUAAAGGAUCCAAGUAGCUUUGUCAUUCCUUGCAUCAUUGGUGGGUUUGUAGUGGGUGAUGCUUUGUGUGAUCUAGGGGCGAGUGUUAGUCUUAUGCCCCACUUUCUUUACAAGAGACUCAACCUUGGUAAACCAAAGCCUAUUACUAUGACUCUUCAGAUGGCAGAUCGUUCCAUAAAGCGGCCGGUGGGAGUUCUUGAAGAUAUCCCGGUGAUGAUUGAUCAAUACUUUAUACCAGAGGAUUUUGUUGUUCUUGACAUAGAGGAGGAUGCCAAGGUUACCAUUAUACUUGGUAGGCCUUUUCUAGCUACUGUUGGAGCACUUAUUGAUGUGAAGAGAGAAAAACUUGUAAUGGAAGUAGCUGAGAACAAGAUUGAGUUUGAUAUAUUCAAGAUGGCAAAACACUAG